UCCAAAAGCAGGUUGCUAACUUAGACUUAUCUACUUUCAAAGAUAGUUACUAAUAUAUCCACUUCAACACCAACGAAAGAACAAGCAGCAAUGGCAACCAAUGGAGAAAAUGGAAGACAUCAAGAAGUUGGACACAAGAGUCUCUUGCAAAGUGAUGCCCUUUAUCAGUACAUUCUUGAAACAAGCGUGUACCCAAGAGAGCCUGAACCCAUGAAAGAGCUAAGGGAGAUUACUGCAAAACAUCCUUGGAACCUCAUGACCACCUCUGCCGAUGAAGGUCAAUUCUUGAGCAUGCUUCUUAAACUCAUUAAUGCCAAGAACACAAUGGAAAUUGGUGUUUUUACUGGUUACUCUCUUCUUGCUACUGCCAUGGCUCUUCCCGAUGAUGGCAAGAUUCUAGCUAUGGAUAUUAACCGGGAAAACUAUGAGAUUGGCCUUCCAAUAAUUGAAAAGGCUGGACUAGCUCACAAAAUAGUAUUCAGAGAAGGACCUGCACUUCCUGUUCUUGACCAAAUGAUUGAGGACGGCAAAUACCAUGGAUCAUAUGACUUCAUAUUUGUGGACGCUGACAAAGACAAUUACUUGAACUAUCACAAGAGAUUAAUCGACUUGGUCAAAGUUGGGGGACUAAUUGGAUAUGACAACACCCUAUGGAAUGGAUCAGUGGUUGCACCACCAGAUGCACCCCUUAGGAAAUAUGUUAGGUAUUAUAGGGAUUUCGUAUUGGAACUCAACAAGGCUUUGGCUGCUGAUUCAAGAAUUGAAAUCUGUCAGCUUCCCGUUGGCGAUGGCAUCACCCUUUGCCGACGCAUUAGUUAAAUAAACAGAACUAUUGUCCAUUUGUGGCAACCAAGAAUGCUAGCUCAUGGCAAUGGAGGAUUUAUUAUUUUUGGAAUUCCCCUGUUCUGUAUCAUUCGUUAUUCAACCUUUUUUUGUUAUUUCUCUUUUCUAUUGAAGGUUGCAUUGUCUAUGUUACCUCUUGUUUAUUUCCUAAUGUAUUUUUAUAAAUAAAAUAAAAAUCAAGUUCAAAGA